AUGGCCGAAAUCGCCGGCCCAAAAGGAGACAACAUCUACGAGUGGAGGUCGACCAUCCUGGGGCCGCCGGGCUCCGUUUACGAGGGAGGGGUCUUCUUCCUGGACAUCGCCUUCACACCCGACUACCCAUUCAAACCCCCCAAGGGGGUCAUCUGUCUGGACAUCCUGAAGGACAACUGGAGCCCCGCCCUCACCAUCUCCAAGGUGCUGCUGUCCAUCUGCUCCCUGCUCACAGACUGUAACCCAGGUCCCGGCUCUUCUCCAAUCCAGACCGGUAUGUCGGAUGAGGAUUCCCGUGCCAGCACCAGCUCUUCCUCGUCGCCACCUUCCUCAAGCCAAACCAGACUGAGAGACACAUCUUUCAAGAAGAAACGGGACAGCAAAGCCAGCAUGAGCAAAACCUCCAAACUGCUUUCCACCAGCGCCAAAAGGAUUCAGAAAGAGCUGGCCGACAUUACACUGGACCCCCCACCAAACUGCAGUGCUGGCCCAAAAGGAGACAACAUCUAUGAGUGGAGGUCCACCAUCCUGGGACCGCCGGGCUCCGUGUACGAGGGAGGGGUCUUCUUCCUGGACAUCGCCUUCACGCCAGACUACCCUUUCAAACCCCCGAAGGUCUGUAGAGAGCCGUACCGCCCAUAA